AUCUCUCAACGAAGCGUUGUAUGGUUUUCCAAAUCGAAAUUCACUCUGGAGGCUAGCUAAAAACUAAAUAAUUUCCCGUACCCACAUAUUAUCCCGCUGGAAUUUUACGGGUGAAGAUUUUUCAGGAGCCUGGAUCCGGAGUUUGAGUUGCCGAUUUUUGAAAACAUAAAUAUAACAAUAAUAACAAAUAACAAUCUAUAAUCACAUGGACUUAAAAACAAGGAAUUAAUUGUUCUCAUUGUUUCGAACAGCGACAGAUUUAUGAAAUAAACGAACAACAAUUAUACUUGAAGAAACAAAAAAAGUUGCGCAACUACAGCGCGGGAAGCUUCGUCGGAAUAUUGUAACAUUGAUAUACCGCGGUACUGCUGAGUAUUCAUCAGGGACAUCUCGAUCGUUUGCAACGAUAUACUAUUACGUAAACGUAUCGUAAAACAGAAAUAUUUACGUUGUAAUACACACCUGUACGGUAUACCAAGUGAAUCGAGUGAAUUAAUCAUCCAUCGGAUAUCACAGUGCAUUGUAAAUUCAGAGGAAGAAAUAGGGAACCGUCAGAAUGCAGCCCCCCGCGUAUAACACCCAGGAAGUUCAACGCAUUUCUCAGGAACAAGGCGAACAAAAUGUUGCGAUGGCAGUUUGCCUCCAACUGGCUGGAAGAUCCAUCAUCAGAGUCGUAUCGAGGUGCGAAGCUGCUCAUGACAACUGUAAUUUAGAUUUGUCCGAAUGUGAGCUGAUGCAAGUACCAGAUGCAGUUUACCACUUAAUGCGGCACACCGAACUCAAGAGAUGCAACCUAUCCGGAAAUGAUAUCACGAAAAUCCCGCCUAAAUUUGCCCUUAAGUUUUCACUGAUAAACGAACUGAACCUGAGCCACAACCAAAUGAGCAAACUUCCCGAAGAACUUUCGGAAUUGCAAGCCUUGAAAAGGCUCGAUAUUUCUCACAAUGCUUUUAUCGCGUUGCCACCUGUUACAUGCAGAAUACCUCAGCUGGAACAACUUCUCGCCAAUGAUAAUUCCAUCAUAGAUGUUGACGUGGAAAGAUUGAGGCAUGCUCCCGCUCUGGAAUUCAUCGAUCUUCAAAAUAAUCCCCUGACUACACGGGUGCACGAUCUACUCCAAACAUUGAUUGAAGUAAAAAUCGAGCUUACUCCGCGAGAACACGAAGAAUGGGAUGAUUUAACGGUUUGAAAAACUGCUACGUGUUAUAACACCAAUGAGAAGCAAUUUCUCUUAAAAAGUAAAGAAACGAGGAUAAUUGCUUUUCGUGAAGCUCGUUUACCUCGCGCUUUCGUUUGAUUGAGAUUGCUCGAUGGCUCUGAUCUUACAAUUUAGCAAAACGUGGGCGGGACGAUGUGCGAAUUAUACAUAGCAAAAAGUAUUGUGUACAGUGAGAACAGACUGACAAAAUAAUGGUGCGGGAUAUACGCCAAAGUGAUUAUUUUUUUUUUUAUAUAUAUAUAUUUUUCUCCUUACCUUUUUCUUUUUCAUCAGUUCUAAUUAACAUUUGGAUAACUCAACCGUAGAGCACCCUUGCAGGAAUAUCGCUGUAGAAUUUCAGAUGUUUUCACUCGCAUCUAUAUACACAUAUAGAUAUAUACAUAUAGAUAUAUAUACCUACAAACCUGUAUACAUGUAUAAUCAAACUGAAACAUAACAAGUAGUUCUUCAUCUCGAAUUGUAUGAUGUUCUAAAAUUAAGAUAUCAAAUUACUGUGAUUAUACUUUAUAAGACAUUGUAAUUUCCCAUUUUGUUUUCUCUUACUUGACUUAUUUUCCGACUAACAAUUUUACUAAACACGCUAGGAUUCUUGGAAACGAGAUAUCGAGUGCUAAAAAAAUGCAAGUUAUAUGUUUUCGAAGUCAGAUUUAUCUGCUGUUUUAUUGACUCAUUAAUCUGAAUUACUGUAAGAGCAUCAAAAUGAAAAACAAUAAUCCCAUUCAAGUGAAACGGUAUGAUGAGAGAAACCAGAAGACUUGAACUCAUUUUAAGCCAAUAAUAACGAACAGAGAAGUAAGAAUAAUAUUAACACUCACAGUAUAUCUCAAUUGCUUUACUAAUUUGAGAUUCCUGCCAAAUAUUAAAAUAUCAAAUAAUACUAAUACGACUGACGAAAAAUAAGGAGCAAAAAAAAGAAGAAAUUAUAAAUCCAUAUAACAAUCAAAUGCGGGACGUGACAAAAUAAUUUGUUAGCUAACACACCGCAGCUGUGUUCUUACAAGGGUGUGAUGUAUUAUAUAUAUAUUGUAUUGAAAUCCUAAUAUUACUUUUCGCUAACCCCGGUUUUAACUUAUAUAAGACGAGAUUUUUUCUAUGACGGAAGUAUUUGAUAUUCAGUUGAUCGUUGAACUGUCUGACUGCCAAUUUCAAUAAUUGAAUAAAUAAAUUAGGUGGUAAUCUGCUGAAUGCAGUUACUAGAUUAAUUUAAUAGUUCAGGGUGAAUACUUUACAGCGCAGGUCAAAGAGCAUCGAAGUCUUUGGCCUUCGAUAACCGCCCUGCAUGUUAAAAGCAUUUUUGUGAUUUAGACAGAUUAUUGCAGCCUUGUGCCGAAAUGUUGAAGCAUUAUUUGUAUUUAAUUUCUAAACGUCUAUACUGCAUAAACAUUGUAUCCUAUAUUUGAAAAAACCUUGUAUUACUCUGUAUUUCGAUCUAGUCAAUUGUCCGAUUGGACGUUGCAAUACAUUUUAUGAAACAAA